CAUAUCCUGUCUAAUCUACACUACGCAUAAACAACAAAAUCCCAACAAAAAAACAAAACAACAACGAUAGUACUAUGGUUCCAUGCAGACAUACACACACACACAAUAAUAUAAAAAUCACCAGAAUAUAAAAAAUGCAGGGGGUAAACCAUGACCAAAGACAUGCACAAGAUCAAAUAAAAUUGGAGAUAGCAACCAAAAAAUAAUUUAAAAUAAACUAGGAGUACACCCCAAGGGCCACCCUGCAAGUUGAAUUAAACCACUCUUCAUCUCAUCUCUCUCCCUCUCAUCGCCAUGGCCGCCUCCUCCUCCAUUUCCAUUUGCAUCACCACCUCCUCCUCCUCUUCUCCGAACCCUAAUUCCGACGAGCGGUGGUGGUGCUAGCGAGCGAGCUUGAUCUCCAUGCGUCGGCGCUAGCUCCACCGGCGGCCAUGCCUCACCGACGACGCCUGCUUAACCCGGCGCCGUCACUGCCGCCGCCGCCGGCUGCUGCUCCGGCCGGCUUCCACCACCACCUCCUCGCCGUCGACGACACGCGGCUGCCGCUGCUCGCCGACUACGCGCUGCUGCAGGGCGACGCCGCGGCGGCGCCGGCGUCCGCGGAGUGGAGCGCCGGGAGCGGGUUCACCGGCAUCUCCACCGACCCGGCCACCGCCACCACCGCCACGACGGCGUCCACCGCCACGGCGCCGGGAUCGGCGUCGAACCUGACGGCGGCGACCGCCGGAGGAGGAGGGAGGGAGACGUGGGUCCGCCGCGCCAGGGAGGGCUACUACCUCCAGCUCUCCCUCGCCAUCCGCCUAACCUCCGAGGCCUUCCUCGCCGGCGUCCCGCCCGAGCUCCUCAUCGGCUGCGGCGGCGGCGGCGAAGCCGAGAACCACGCCGACGUCGCGGCCGAUGCCGCCGCUGUCUCCUACCGGCUCUGGGUGAACGGGUGCUUGUCGUGGGGGGACAAGAUCGCGCACGGGUUCUACAACAUCCUGGGGGUGGACCCGCACGUGUGGGCGAUGUGCAACGCUGCGGCGGAGGACGGCCGGCGGCUGCCGACGCUGGUGGCGCUCCGGGCGGUGGACAGCGGCGAGUCGUCGGUGCUGGAGGUGGUGCUCGUCGACAAGUGCGGCGACCCAGCGCUCGCCGACCUCGAGCGCCGGGCCCUCGACCUCUACCGCGCCGCCGGCGUCUCCCUCGACCUCGUCCGCCACCUCGCCGUCCUCGUCUCCGACCACAUGGGGGGCGCGUUGCGGUCGGAGGACGGGGACCUGUUCAUGCGGUGGAAGGCGGUGAGCAAGCAGCUGAGGAAGCGGCACAGGUGCGUCGUCGUCCCCAUCGGCAGCCUCUCCAUCGGCUUCUGCCGCCACCGCGCCAUCCUCUUCAAGAGCCUCGCCGACUUCAUCGGCCUUCCCUGCCGGAUCGCGCAGGGCUGCAAGUACUGCUCCGCGCCGCACCGCUCGUCCUGCCUCGUCAAGAUCGACAACGAGAGAAGGGAGUACGUCGUCGACCUCGUCGUUGAGCCGGGAAGACUCAGCAGUCCAGACUCGUCUAUCAAUGGCCAGUUGCUCUCCUCCGUGCCUUCACCUUUCAAGACCUCAUGUACAAUGAGUUCUGCAAACUAUGCAACACCGGCUGCUUCGUGGAAUCGCGCGAUAUCUGGAGAUCGUCGCAACUCGAUACUGUCAAAUCCUCAGUAUUCAGUUGCUAAGUACUGUGUUGCCGAGGAGAAGAGCUCUGUUCAGGUAGCCACCAAAGAAGCCAUGCUGCCAAAAUGCGGUCAGAUCACGCAGAACGGCAACUGCAACAAGAACAGUAUGGCAGUGUUCGAAGUGUCGAAGCAGAUGAAGGCGAUGGAGAUCAGUUCUGAGAGUGGCGAUAAGGACAACAUCUCCAGUGCUACGCCUCUGAAACGGCUGAGCAUCGAGCCGUCUUUCUGCGCCGAUUGGCUCGAGAUUUCAUGGGACGAGAUCGAGCUAAAGGAACGCGUAGGCGCCGGUUCGUUUGGAACUGUGUAUCGUGCUGACUGGCACGGCUCUGAUGUUGCAGUGAAGGUGCUUACUGACCAGGAUGUCGGCGAAGCUCAACUGAAAGAAUUCCUUAGAGAGAUUGCAAUCAUGAAGCGUGUUCGCCAUCCGAAUGUGGUGUUAUUCAUGGGUGCAGUGACAAAAUGCCCACAUUUGUCGAUAGUAACAGAGUAUCUGCCCAGAGGGAGCCUCUUCCGUCUCAUCAACAAGGCAUCUGCUGGAGAAAUGCUCGAUUUAAGGCGUCGUUUGCGCAUGGCGUUAGAUGUUGCGAAAGGCAUCAACUAUCUCCAUUGCCUGAAUCCUCCAAUUGUACAUUGGGAUUUGAAAACGCCAAACAUGCUGGUGGACAAGAACUGGUCCGUGAAGGUAGGUGACUUUGGCUUGUCCAGAUUUAAGGCGAAUACCUUCAUAUCCUCCAAAUCAGUUGCUGGAACACCAGAAUGGAUGGCACCAGAAUUUCUUCGUGGCGAGCCAUCAAACGAAAAGUGCGACGUGUACAGCUUUGGAGUGAUCUUAUGGGAGCUCAUGACAAUGCAGCAACCAUGGAAUGGCCUAAGCCCUGCACAAGUAGUAGGAGCAGUUGCAUUCCAGAACAGAAGGCUCCCAAUUCCACAAGAGACAGUCCCUGAGCUAGCUGCUCUUGUUGAAUCCUGCUGGGAUGAUGAUCCAAGGCAGCGACCGUCGUUUUCGAGCAUCGUGGACACGCUGAAGAAGUUGCUCAAAUCGAUGCUUGGUGGCUCAUGACGAAUACUGAAGACUGUUGGUCGCCUUCUUAUUUUUGUUCUCCCUGUUAAUGUUAAUCUACAGCAAACAAUAAGUUGGUAAGUCAGUUGCCUUAAAGGCAUCUGAGUUCUCUACAGAAAGGAGAGGAUAGUUGAAGCAGCACAAGUCCAAUGCUGCAUCGAGUUCGUUAGGUCACCUUUUUUUUUUCCUCCGUUUUCCGCAUGAGAAACUAAUAUCUAAAAAAUAUUGUUUUUUGCUCCUCUUUUUCUCUGGAUUGAAUUUUGUACAGUGCAUACAAAUUUGAAAUUAAUGUGCAGAAUUCAGAUGGUCA